CCGGGUCUGCACCGAGCUAGCCAGCGGUUACAUGCUAGAGGUCCUGCGGGAGCGCCAUGCUUGUACAGUGGCCAGGAACAGGAAGAGUCCAUUUGUUUAGUGAUCAAUUCUGAGGUUUCACGUGCAUCUCACGAACACCUCGGCCUUUUCCUGCGGAGUCUUGCUCUUUGCUGCUUAGGAAAUGUCUUCACUUUCAGAAUAUGCCUUGCGCAUGAGCCGUCUGAGUGCCCGAAUCUUCAAUGAGGUUGCCAGCCCGACUGACUCCAAAUCCAUGAAAGUGGUGAAACUUUUCAGUGAGCAGCCCGUGGCUAAGAGGAAGGAGACCUACGACUGGUAUCCAAACCACAACACAUAUUUCGCACUCAUGGGCACACUCCGUUUUCUUGGCCUCUACAGAGAUGAGCAUCAGGAUUUUAAGGAUGAGCAAAGGCGUCUAAAGAAGCUUCGUGGAAAGGGGAAACCAAAGAAAGGAGAAGGAAAAAGAGCAGCGAAAAGGAAAUAGUGUUAGCUGUCAAGACAGAAAAUUUCUUCCUUGAUGACUAAGAAGAAUGCAUCUACUGUCUUUCCACAUAUAAGAGGAAUGUAACGUUCCUCAGUGAGGGUCAUUUGGAACACAGUCAUCCCAUGUGGAAAUCUAAUCCAGCUAAAUUGUGCCUGCUUUCUUGAACACAUUCUAAUACUGCAAAAUUAUUUUGGCCUUGGUUUUGUAAUCUGAGGUUUACCUAAUUCUCUAAUGGGAUGGACACAUAAUUUAUUGUUUAAUGAGUUGUUUGGGGUGGGUAUGGAAUGUUGGGGGAGUGGAGAAGCAACCUCAUUAAAUGAAUGCCCUGCAGUUUCCUCCUUC